GUGAAAUUUUGGAAUAUUAGUUCGAUUUGAAGAGUAAAUUUUAUGUAUAUCAUUUACAAACAUGUGCUUGUUGAACGCCUGUUGUUUCUGUAUCUUCUUAGACGUCGGAUGCAUAAUAAUCGCUACUUUACUAUUGGUAAACGUAUAAAUUACAGGCAAGUCGGCUGUUACUUGUAAUAUUGAUGCUGAACGAGCCUCAGUACAAGGAUUUAAAUGUCUUUAAAGAAGUAACAGCUGCUCACGUAUCCGUAAUUUUUUUACUACUAGGAUGCAUUAUUCCAAUAUUCCUAUGUUGCGGCGUAAUGACAGAGAAUCCUCAAUGUGUUUACUUAUUUAUAUCGAUGGAAGUGUUUCAUUUGAUAUUAUUCUCAGCAUGGGAGAUUUACUUCAUCGUUCAUUAUAUGGACGAGAAAAACAGAGAGGAACUAAAAAAAAUCAAAGACGAAGAUUACUUCUGGGUUCCACCAUUAAUUUCUAUACUGUUGGAAAUAUAUUUCCUAUGGGUUGCUUACAGCUACUACAGAGCUCUACUUGAUUACUAUUACGACUACUACCCGGCAGUGUUUUAUUAUUAACAUAAAAUACUAUUAAAUUUAUUGCAAUAAAUCAAUUGUUU